UAAUAGUAAUAAAAACCACAACAACCUUUCCUAUCCUUCCAGUACUUCGUAGAUGAGGUUGUGCCUUGGCAGCUGUCGCAGCAAAGAGAAUCCGCCUGUGUGGAUCCUCAUGGGAGCAGUCGUUCUCCUUCAUAGGCUGGCGAACAGUCAACACGCGAGAGCCUCAUAAAAACCCUCUGCUCUUUUUUUUGGAAGCAGCAAUUAUUUCCUUCCAGCGGCUCAGAGUUAAAAUGGCCCGUGCAAAGUUCUGGCUGCUCACAGGGCUGCUGAUGCAGGCCUUGUACGUGUUUGAGCCCACCCGAGGCGAGGAAGGCGACACAGCUGGGGAGGAGGGAGAAGAAGAGUGCCGGCUGCUUGGGAAGUUUGAUCUGCGCGGCUACGUGAACGCGGAGGAUGCCAUGCACGUAAUCGGAGGGAUGUUUCCUAUGCAUUUCAGGACCAUCCUGGAAGAAGAUCCCACCAGCACGCCACCCAAUUCGCCAAAAUGUGAGGGGUUUAAUUUCCGGGGUUACCGCUGGGUCAAAGCCAUGAUACACGCCAUAAACGUCAUAAACAAGGAUGAGGAUCUUCUGCCAGGCAUCAAGCUGGGUUACCAGAUCUACGACACAUGCUAUACAAUGUCCAAGACGGUCGAGAACUCCUUGGCUUUCCUCACUGGGCAGAAUGAAACAACCCCUGUGUUCCGAUGCAGCACCGGUGCUCCUCUAGCAGCAGUCGUUGGAGCUGGUGGAUCGACUCUUUCCAUUGCAUCCUCAAGAAUCCUCGGGCUUUACUAUUUCCCUCAGGUUGGCUAUGCCUCCUCUUCUUUACUUCUCACUGAUAAGUACCAGUUCCCUACCUAUCUUCGCACUAUUCCAAGCGACGCUGUACAGUCUAAGGGAAUGGCAGACUUAGUUCACCAUUUUGGCUGGAGAUGGAUAGGCACAAUAGCAGCUGACGAUGAUUAUGGCAAAUACGGCGUCAAAGCUUUUAAAGAAAAAGUGGAGAACACCUAUACCUGUAUUGCUUUCUCAGAAACAAUCCCCAAAAUUUACUCCAGGGAAAAGCUAAAAAAAGUUGUUGAAGCUAUAAAAAACAGCACUGCUACGGUAAUUGUGGUCUACUCAUCUGAUAUUGACUUCCAUCCUUUACUGGAAGAGAUGAUGGUUAGCAACAUCAGUAGUAAAACCUGGAUAGCAAGUGAAGCAUGGGUCACAUCAGCCUUAAUCGCUAGGCCUGAAUAUUUCCCCCUCCUUGGUGGGGCUAUUGGUUUUGGUGUACGAAAGGGUGACAUACCAGGCCUCAAAGAAUUUCUUCUCGACGUACGUCCAGGUGAAGAUCCUGAGGAUGACAUGGCAAUUGAAUUUUGGCAGUCUGCGUUCAACUGCACUUGGCCGAAUGCCAACAUAUCGUAUAAUACAGACAACAGAAAAAAUGUAACUGGCCAUGAGAACAGAGUCAAUUUUGCUUCGGAUGUUUUGUGCACAGGAAAGGAGAAUCUUGCAGAACUUAACAAUACCUACCUGGAUGUUUCAGAACUUAGGAUAACUUAUAAUGUCUACAAGGCUGUAUAUGCUGUUGCUUAUGGCCUUGAGCAAUUACGCACCUGUGAACCAGGACAUGGACCAUUUUCAUCCGGCCCUGACUGUACCAAGAUAGAUGAGUUUGAGCCCUGGCAGCUAAUGUACUACAUGAAGAAUAGAAUGACAUUUUCGGUUCUUGGAGAGGACGUACACAUAGAUGAUAAGGGAGAUGUGUAUACUUCAUAUGACAUUCUAAACUGGCAAAAAGGUGAGAAUGGCGAAGUUGCCUUUGUGCCUGUUGGAACAUUUAACAUGACGUCGGAAACCGAUAUGGAAUUUCAUAUCCAGAACGACUCAAUAUUUUGGAAUAAUCCAGCAGGAGCACGUCCACGCUCCACAUGCAAUCUGAACUGCCAACCUGGUUAUCGGAAGGGGAUCCUGCAAGGAAAGCCCUCAUGCUGUUAUGAUUGUAUAAGGUGUGCCGAAGGACAGAUCAGUAAUAUAACAGAUGCAAGGGAAUGCACAGGCUGCGAGGAAGAUUACUGGUCCAACAACGAGAGAAAUAAAUGUGUGCUUAAGGAGGUGGAGUACUUGGCUUACGAAGAUGCUUUAGGGAUAACACUGAUUGUGCUGUCUGUGUUUGGGGCUCUUGUCGUCCUGUCAGUGACUGGCGUAUAUAUCAAGUUUAGGAACACAGCUCUCGUGAAAGCCAACGACCGGGAGCUGAGCUUCCUCAUUCAGUUUUCUCUCGUCGGAACCUUGAUGACUUCUAUCCUCUUCAUUGGUAAGCCAGAAGACUGGUCCUGCAUGUCCCGGCAGGUGACCUUAGCCUUGGGUUUUUCCGUCUGCCUGUCUUGCGUCCUGGGAAAGACAGUGACGCUCUGCCUGACACAGCUGGCCAUGAACUCAAAGGUUGCUGAGAAAGCGCGGAUGUUGGUGAAGCCGAUUUGCCAAAAGAUCAUUGUCCUCAACUCUGUCCUUACCCAAGUGGGCAUCGUCUGUGCCUACCUGAUACUGAAUCCUCCUCGCAUGUACAAGAACACCCAGUUCUCCAUCACAAAAAUCAUUUACGAAUGCAACGAAGGCUCCAUCCUGUACUUGUGUGUCAUGUUUGGCUUUGACGUCUUCCUCGCUAUCCUGAGCUUCCUCACGGCCUUUGUGGCUCGCAAGCUGCCCAAUAACUUUAACGAAGCCAAGUUCGUCACCUUCGGGAUGUUGGUCUUCUUCAUCGUAUGGAUAUCGUUUGUGCCCGCUUAUUUAAGCACACGAGGGAAGUUCAAAGUGGCCGUGGAGAUCUUCGCCAUCCUGGCUUCCAGCUUUGGUUUGCUGGGGUGCAUAUUCGUGCCGAAAUGUUACAUUAUCUUGCUGAAACCUUUAAGAAACACAGAAGAAAUCGUAGGCGGAAGAGCGGCCACCAACGACAAGAGCGCACCGCCAACUUCUGCCUCGUGCACCAGUGAAGUUAACAACACUACUGUCUCUACGGUUCUUGAAGAUUAGAACUUUUAAAGCUUUCGCCUGUCACCACUUCCACUAGUUUAUUUGCACACGUUUUCCCAUCUCUAUGCUGAGAGAAAGAAGAUGCCUUACCAAAGUCCCCCCCCCUUCUGCUUGUUGGGGAAUAAUAGCACAAAUAAAGCAUAGCUGAUUGCUUGCUGAGAAAAUAACAGGAGGAGCUUUGUAUUUUCACAACGACAUAUAAUAGCUUGGAUCCAACCCUCUGCAAGUGGAAAGAAAUUUCUGCUCACACAAGGGAAGGGGCCACAGGUGCUCACCACCAGCAGCGGCUGCAGCCUCCCCAGCUACGUAGUUCAGGAGGGUUCCUUCUCUCUGGAGAGGCUUUCUGGUGUGUGAGUUUAUGGAGGAGGCAGCAGGAAGGAGAAGAUGGGAAGACUCAUGGUUCCUAGGAUCCAGCCCCUACGAUUCCACCUAUAAUAGGCCAGCCAUUCAAAACCAUGCAAUCAGUGACUUUUCCAUGUAAAAACCAACCCUCUCAGCAUAGGAUCAACUAACUGCAUGAG